AUGACGACUCCCGCUGCCGAAGCCAUUGUGGUGGGGGGACUAAACCCAGUCGAGGGCAAAGUCGUUACAAUCCCUUCCCACAAUGCCAUCAACGAGAAGGUCAGCAUCGACGAAGCAGGUAUUGGCAAAGAGCUGGCUUCCGAGAUCCAGGAUGUUCCAGCUUCGUUGCCAUCUGACGGAGGUAACCACGAAAAGGACGAUAAUAGCGACAAUGCCAUCAUUAUCACCGGUGCCGAUGCUGCCCGCUACUUGUUGCCGCUACGAGACGAUUUUGAUCCCUCCUUGACCUUUCGGAGCAUGUUCUUGGCAACCUGUCUCUCGGCUUUCCAAGCCGUCAUGAGCCAAAUUUACACGUUCAAACCCACCGCCGUCACUAUUUCUGGAACCUUCAUCGUCCUCAUUGGAUAUUUCGCUGGCAAGGCAUGGGCUAAGUUGUUUCCUCGCGGCGACAAACUCGAGGCUCGUUGGAGAGAGAAAAACGGCCAAGGCGAUCUUCCCGCAUGGAUCAAAUUUUUCAAGUUCAUCAACCCUGGGCCCUGGGGUCUGAAAGAGCAUGCGAUUUGCUCCAUUACUGCCACUUCCGCCUCCAACGCUUCCGCUAGUGUCCAAGUGUUUGCGGCGCAAGACCUCUUUUACGACUUGCCUCUGAGCGCGACAACAGUCAUUUUGGCUGUGAUCUCAAUCGGUUUAUUUGGCUAUGGCAUUUGCGGUAUCAUGCGCCCCAUCGCUGUCUGGCAUGUUGAUGCAGUGUAUUGGAGUACUCUUCCCACGGUCAAGACUCUCCAAGGACUUCACUGGCAAGAUUUGAAGAACUCUAAGCCUCUACGAUGGUUCUGGUACAGUUUUGUUGGAAUGUUUGUUUACGAGUUCUUCCCUGCAUACAUUUUCCCCUGGCUGAACUCGGUUUCGAUCCCCUGUUUGGCCGCGAUGAAUGCCACGGGUAGCAAGGCCGCGGUUCUCACCAACCUUUUCGGAGGUUCGAUCAACAACGAAGGGUUGGGGUUAUUUACUCUUUCCUUUGAUUGGCAAUACAUCACUUCGUUCAAUACGUCUCUUCCCCUUACGUUACAAGCUCAUUCCGCGAUCGGGUUUUUUAUUUGCUUCCUUGCUAUGAUUGGUAUUUACUACACCAAUGCCUGGGAUGCAAAGUCCCAACCCUUCAUGUCGACGCGGCUGCGAUCUGAGGAUGGUUCGACAUACCCCAUUGCCAAAGUGUUCACUGGCGGCAUCCUCAACCAGGAGGCCCUUGCCAAGUACGGCAUUCCUAGGCUUACAGGAAGUUUCGCGUACGCAAUGUUUAUGGCGAAUGCUGCUAUUGGUGCCUUGGUAGCCCACUGCUUCUUAUUCUGGGGCGGAGACGUGAAGCGGGCUUAUCAAAGUGCAAAAAGCGGAAGAUAUGACGACCGUCAUCAUAGCCACAUGACGAAACACUACAAGGAGACGCCGUGGUGGUGGUAUGUGGUUGUGCUUGUCGCCAGCUUUGUCCUCGGUCUUGUCGUUGUCUGCACCCAAAACGUCACGCUUCCUGCAUGGGCAUACGUUGUCUCACUUCUGCUUGGUAUCUUCAUUGCUCCGUUGAGCACGAUUCUCUAUUCUCGUUUUGGCAAUGGAAUUGCUACGAACAACUUAUCGAAAAUGCUGGCAGGUCUCAUCCUUCCUGAGCGGCCCAUUGGUAACAUGUAUUUUGCUGCUUGGUCGCACAAUGUCAUUUCGAAUGCUGUUAAUCUUUCCAACGACCUGAAGAUGGGUGAAUAUCUCAAGAUCCCUCCCAGAGUCAUGUUCCUCACCCAGAUUUACGGUACCAUUCUGGGUGGCUUUAUCAAUUACGUUGUCAUGAUUUCCAUUGUGAAUGGAAAUCGUGAGCUCCUCGUGGACAGCGACGGUAACAGCUCUUGGAGCGGCGCAACUAUGCAGUCGUACAACACCAAUGCCACCUCUUGGGCGCUUGCCAAGUACCUCUACAAGACUGGCGGCAAAUACUCGCUUGUCCCAAUUGGCUUGGGCGUUGGUUUCGGCAUUGUCGUCGUCCAUCGUGUUAUCGCAUACUUCGUUCCCAAGAUCCGAGGCCACUCUCUGUCAGAGCUCAACAUGCCUCAGCUCAUCCAGUAUGCCGGCUACAUCCCUUACAACGCCUCUCAAACAUGCGUCAUCUUCAGCCAGGUUAUUAGUGGCUUCUUUGUCCAAUUCUACCUCCGCAACUAUCGCCCCCGCAUCUUCAAAGACUACUCGUACCUCAUCACCGGUGCGUUUGACGGCGCUAGUCUCACGGUUCUUUUCAUUCUGUCAUUUGCUGUCUUUGGAGCUGGCGGUCCAUCCAUUCCUUUCCCCACUUGGUGGGGCAACAAUGCUGAUGGAUACUACGAUCAUUGCCCAGCGACUGAGUAA